AUGCAGUUGUCACUUGAGAACAUUGGAAAACUUUUCUUAGGCAAGGAGCCAGGCCUAUUUCUAAAUUCAUUGGAUAAACUCUAUCAAGGUGUGCUUCCAGGUGUGAGAGCUUAUCCAAUUAAUAUUCCUGGUUUUACAUACCACUAUGCUCUUCAGUGUAGAAGAAAACUCGAUGAUAUUUUUUGGAUGGAGUUAAAUAAGAGAAAAUCAAAGAAUAAAAAUAAGGUGGAAACAAUUGAUUUAAUGGACGGGUUAAUGCAAAUUGAAGACGAUGAUGGUGACAAAUUAAGUGAUAAAGAAGUUGUAGACAACAUUGUCUCUCUUGUCUUGGGUGGAUAUAUCUCUACUUCUCUUGUAUCCAUGUGGGCUAUUUACCUUCUUGCCAAGUAUCCAAAUGUGCUAAAAUUGCUAAGGGAAGAAAACAUGGCUUUCACAGAGGGAAAUUCAGGAGAUUUUAUUACAGCUAAAGAUGUUUCAAAUUUAAAAUAUACAAACAAGGUUGUUGAAGAAGUGAUAAGAAUGUCCAAUGUUGCAGCUUUUGUUUUCAGAAAAGUUGUAAAUGAAGUUGAUUAUAAAGGUUAUAAGAUACCAAAGGGAUGGAAAGUAAUUUCUAUGCUUCGUUAUAUUCAUACAGAUCCAGAAAACUUUAAGGAUCCCAUGUAUUUUGACCCUGAUAGAUGGAAUGAGUUGGCAAAACCUGGAACAUAUCAAGUUUUUGGUGCUGGACAAAGACUCUGCCCUGGAAACAUGCUAGCAAGAAUUCAACUAGCACUUCUGCUUCAUCAUUUGUCCAUAGGAUACAAGUGGGAGCUGGUUAAUCCAAAUGCAAAUAUAAUUUAUCUUUCACAUCCUGCUCCUAUGGAUGGGGUUGAGGUCAAGUUCAGCCAAUUGUGA